ACAUCGAUUCCUGCACGCGUGAAACGCGUAACGGUCGUGCAACGACCUUAGACCAGGGUCGAGUAAACGUGCCGAGAGACGACGAACGCAAGAGGAAAGAGUAAUAUAUCGGUUGGAGGCGGCUGAAUACACCGGCGAGACUUCAGUUCAACUUAAAACGCCUACGUAAACUCCUCGACGCUCUCGAUUCUACUGCGCUCAAUACUGAAACCGAUCGUGCGAAUCGACGGAGAAACAUGAAGAUCGAAAACGUGACUAACGUCUUCCUGAUACUCGUAUUGUCCUUAAUACUCGUUGUCGACGUAGAGGCAGGAUGGAAAUUUUGGAAGAAGGACAAAGACGCGACCACCACUACGGUCGCUCCUGAAGUAUCGAAUCUUGAUCCCACCAAAGCACCAGUAGGUGCUACAACCGCGACUAACAAGCCACCAGGAAAUCCGACGAAUCUCGGAUCAGCGGUUAUCGGUGCAGGUGAUCCUGGACUAGCGAUAGGAGUCACAUCAACUGGGGGGAAAAUAAAAGAGAAUGCCCGACCAAGCAGGCCAAACCCAGGAACGGAAGUUGGUCUAGAUUUUCCAGUACCCAAACCAGGAAAACCGGGGAUCGGUGGUACCAAUGGACAAGGCUAUAGAGAAUGGGCAGCAGAUCUUACCGGAGCUGGAGAACCCGGAAGGCAACCUCCCAAACCGCCUUCUCAGGGACCAGCAAUUACUGGUCCAGGUCCCAAACCAACAUCCGUACCUGGAGGAGCGGCACAGCCACAAACACCAGGAGCUAAACCAGUCACGUCUCCUGGAAGUAUGCCCUCACCGCGACCUCAACAACCUCAGCCUCAGCCUCAGCCUCAGCCUCAACCUCGUCCAGCUACUUCCACACCAGCUGUACUACCCGCCCAACCACAACGCGUUCCCAGUCAACCCGGAACUGGAGGUAAUCAACUGUCCACACUAAACGUGGGUACACUCAAGCCUAUUGCCAUAACAACACCGGCGCCUUCUAGACCAGGAAGCCCUGGUUCUCCCGGUAGUCCAGGAAGAACUUGGGCCGACGUUGCUGGCAGUGGCAGCAGACCUAACUCGCCUACACCUUCCACGAGACAACCUGGAUAUCCCAAUCAACCAGUUCAACCGCAAACACCGACUCAACCAGGGAAACGACCGUCUCCGGGUACGAUAGCCGGUGGUGCUCUCGCUGGUGGUGCUCUGGCAGGCGCGGCUGCGGCAGGUGCAGCUACAACCGCGAAUAACAAAGUCUAUUCUAGUAAUCCGACUUACAGCAAAGGGAAUACUAUCACAGACGAAGAUCUGGAGAAGCUUUCCGAAGCUUUGUACAUCAAGGACACUAACAACGCGAAUAGGUAUAUCACGCUGAAUUUGCAGAAGGAAACGACCAGCAGCAGCACGACAGACGACGCGCCGCAACCAUUGUUCACGGUGAACACAGAAGCGUACCAAGGUAGCACUAUACAACGAGUGAUAUCUAUCUACGAUAAUUACAAGCCGGAAACAAAUGUAAAUGAGCACAUAAGCCCUCUGCAGAGGCAAGAAGAGAGCCUCCUGGUAGACACGUUCCUCAGCACGAACGUGAUGUCCGCUGCAAUGAGAUUCUUGGCCGACAAACAGAAAAUUAAGAAGGAUUAUUACGAGUAUAAGGAGACGCUGAGGAAAUUAUGGUUCAAUCUGUUCUCCAGAGGGCAAGGAAAAAUCGGUAGCUCUGGAUUCGAACACGUAUUCAUGGCUGAGCUCAAGAAAACGGAUGCCAACACCGAAGUAGUCGGACUGCAUAAUUGGAUUUACUAUAGCAAAGAGGAGGGCAAUGGAAAAGCAGAUUACAAUGGAUACUUGAAGAAAGUUGAUCUUGGAGACAAAGCUUCUAUCGUCAAAAUACGAACGAAAUACGGCGGUUACGACAAACCGGUGACGACGAUGUUCGUCGGUACCUCGCCUGAAUUAGAAAUGGCCUUAUACACCGUAUGUUUCUACGCGAGGCCGGAGGCUAAUUGCCCGGUCUCUCUCGGAGGAACCAAGUUCAACAUCGUUACGCAUAAAUUUAAGUACAGAGGAAACGACCUCAUAGGAACAGCGUACCCCGAAAUAUAAAUCUAUCCCAAUGAAUUCGUUCCUGACGAAGUACGAAUCGUAACAAAUUCAGAGAUUAUCUACGUGAUAUUAAUCUAUGCAUAUUUUAUAAUACUCCAGACAAAUAGAAGUAUCGUAUGAUUUUAUCCUCGGGACAACAUUGUGUUUUUCAAGAUUUAAUUUUGUAUUCUAUGCGUUGGAUAAAUAAAUUUUCUUGUUUAUCUAUGAACACAAACGUCA